AUGGGAAUCUGCUUGGCUGUCUUCAUACGAGAACAGCCUAUCUUCACCACGCGGGCGCACGUCUUCCAGAUCGACCCCAGCACCAAGAAGAACUGGGUGCCUGCAAGCAAGCAGGCGGUCACCGUUUCCUACUUCUACGAUGUCACCAGGAACAGCUAUCGCAUCAUCAGCGUGGAUGGAGCCAAGGUGAUUAUAAACAGCACCAUCACACCCAACAUGACCUUCACCAAGACGUCGCAGAAGUUUGGGCAGUGGGCGGACAGCAGAGCCAACACUGUGUUCGGCCUGGGGUUCUCCUCGGAGCAGCAGCUGACAAAGUUUGCAGAGAAAUUCCAGGAGGUGAAAGAAGCCGCCAGACUAGCCAGAGACAAGUCCCAGGAGAAAACGGAGACUUCGAGCAAUCAUUCCCAAGCAUCCAGCGUCAACGGGACGGACGAUGAAAAGGCCUCUCAUGUGGGUCCUGCUGACACGCACCUGAAGUCUGAGAACGACAAGCUGAAGAUUGCUUUGACGCAGAGGCCUGCCGCUUGUUUGCGGGACCCCGUCGGUGUGGGGUUCUGUGUUACCAGCGGGUUGCGUUCCUACUGCGCACGUGCGCUCUGGCUGCUGGGAAGCACUCAGCAUCAGACACACAGCAGUGCCAAGCUGAUUGACGAGCUGGAGGAGCAGUGCAGCGAGAUAAACAGAGAGAAGGAGAGGAACACGCAGCUGAAGCAGAGGAUCGAGGAGCUGGAGUCCGAAGUGCGGGAGAAGGAGACGGGAUGCGGGCCCCCCAGAGGGAGGGGGUCUCGGUGACCGGUCCCCCGGUGUGUCUUCCUUCAGGCGGCAGAGAGAGACAAUCAGAACCUGGAGGGCAAGGUGCGGUCCCUCAAGACGGACAUUGAGGAGAGUAAGUACCGCCAGCGCCACCUGAAGGUGGAGCUCAAGAGCUUCCUGGAGGUGCUGGACGCGAAGAUCGACGGCCUGCACGACUUCCGCCGCGGCCUCUCCAAGCUGGGGGCCGACAGCUAGGGGCCGUGGGCCGAGGGCUGGGGCGUCCUCUCGUGUGCGUCGCUCUGUUAGUGCAGGUGUGGUUUGUUGUGCCUCCACACCCGUGGUGCCGUCCACUCUCCCCUCCGGAACACACGCCUCCUCUCGCCUCCCUGACCUCGCGAGGCUGCGGACAUCUGGAAGGUUCUGACUCAGGAAUCCCGCGCUAGGUCUCCCUUAAACGUUUACGUAGUCAGGGCAGGGAUGUUUGUAUCUUUCUUAAGGGCUGUUGCGACCAUACCAACUGAGCAAAGGAUUUUCUAUUACAAAUAGGAACACGCUUUCCACCUCCUUUUUUUGGAAGAACGUUCAGAGCGUUUGAACGUCCACCAGGCACCCGUGCGCGGGGCAUGGGGGUAAUGCCUUCCCUCUCGGUAAGAAUCAAGAUGCUUUAAAGCAGCCGCUUAGUAGAGACUUGUCCGGAGAGAGCAAACAAGUCUGGGGUGGGCUCACAGGCACUGCCUGCACCCACUCUGCCCCCCUUCCACCCACCCCCAGUUCGUAGGGUUGCGACAGUGUUCCUUUCCUGGGUUUUAACUUCUGAGCAGAUGACUGUGCUGUGGGGACAGCGUGCAGUGAGGGCGCCUAGCACAGUGCCUGGCA